UGCAAAAAUACUGUUAAGGUUAAUGACACGUUAAAUAAUCCACCAGCGCCACGAGCGGCAGGACGGGGAAAUGAACGUGGUGGUACCUCUUCUUUCGGAUCGUUAGCAGCACUAAGUGGUGCUGCAUCCGAUAAUGAGCUUGGAGCAUUGGGAAAUUUGGAUCAAACUCAGCUGCUACAGCUUCUUUCGUUGAUGAAUCACUCUAGUGGUGGUACAUCAGCCAGUGAAGCUGCUAAUCUUUUGCCACAGCUUCCUGUUGUUGCUGAUUCUUCACAUCCAGUUGCAUCGGAAAGAAGUGGAACAGCGUCGGUUCAGGUAGCUACACCAUCCAACACACCUGCCAAUGGGACCGUCGCUGGUGGUUCAUCUAAUAAUGAAGUGCAGUUAUCACAAUUAAAGGAUAUCAUUGCAAGCAUUACUGCACCAAAUGGAACUGGAAGAAAAUUUGGGAUUGAUUUCACAGAUGUCUUGUGCUGCGCGGACAAAAUCAAUACUAUUGUAUGCAAAUAUAGUGAUAGAUUGAUUCCUCAUCUUCCAAAUCAAGAACCUACCUAUACUAGUCAAGAAGAAUUGGAACAAACUUUGCGUACUCCCCAAUUUCGACAGGCCGUUAAUAUUUUUGGCCAUGCAUUACAAACUGGACAAUUGGCACCAGUUUUACGACAGUUUGGUAUAAAUGAGAAUGUAACAGCUACUGCAGGAAAAGGAGAUGUGAUUGCAUGGGCUUCAGAAUUGGAAAAAUGUGAGAAGGAAACUGUUUCCGAUGUUUCUACAAUCUUUUUUUUUAAUUUUGCGUGCUUAAAACCAGAUAUUGGGAACGAGGAAAGUGAAAAGGCUAAUGAAGAAAAGAAAACAGACGAUCAGAUGGACCUUGAUUGAAA